AUGGCGGAAAGCCAACGAAGCCGAAAUCUCGGUUUGGAUCUGGGGUCUUACAUCCAAGGCAAGUCGUUCAAUCGUUCUGUCUCAAUUAGCGAAUCUAGUCAUCCCGACUUUUCCCCGCCAGCAGCCCUAGCCGAAUCAGGGGCCAGUACCACCUUUCCAGUUUCCACAAGAAGGAUCCUUAGUGGCGGCGAUGCCAUGUCAGAACCUUCACCCUCACCUCUAUCCUCAGCAACAGCAACCAUUUCCCCGGAAAGUCCUCCUCUUACCUCAUCGUCCAUUUUUCCAGUCUCUGCUGCAUCUGAACACGAAUCGCCAGUUGAAUCCGAAACACCACCUAAUCUAUAUCCCCCUCACACUACAGCUGAGAUCACUUCACAACUGAUGACCGCCACCCCAGUUACUUCAGCGGUCAAUCCCCUCUCUUGUUGCAGUACGGCAGUCACAGCGCAGUCGUCCACUUUCGCCAUACGUGCCAAAAAUCCAUACACAUCUACAUUCAGCACCCUUUUCCAGAACCCUGUUACCCACCGGACUGUCAGUCUUUUGUCGCAUUUGAUAGACUCCCGAUUGUCGCCAGAGUGGCGUACGGCUUUGUUCAUCAGAACUACACCGUCCACUACUACACCCUCUCCGGUGCUACAUACGAGUGACUUAUUGGUGACUGGCAGUGGUGUUCUUUUUUCCCCUUCUACAGCCGUGGAUAGUACGGAUUCAGCCCCAUUACGUCGUGUGCCACCACUCGUAUCGUCUCCGUCUGACGAAGUUGCUGUCACCAAACGUUUCAAGCACAGUGAUGAUUCGGAUUUACUUCCAACGAAUAAUCUUAACAAAACAGCGAGUGAACCACGACCUCCCACCUUUUCGACGGUGACGGCGGGUACUUCCAGUGGUCAAUCCGUUGACACAUUCGUGUCUCUUCGCCUUGUCACUUGUGUCUGUCGUUUGGCGGACCAUUUUGAGUCUCGCUACCGGGACAAGCUUGGUGACCUACUUGAGGAUGUUGCACGCCUGAGUGCUUCACAUACAGAGGCUGAAAGUGGUGCGGACAGUGCAAUUGAUGUCAUGAGUUCUACCACUGAAGGGAACGAUACCCCAUCUAAUGGGGCAGAUGAUGUUUCCGCAAUGUUGAUUCGUUCUGCUCGCUGUCGAUUUCAUCAGGUACUUAAUGAGUUGUUCCGGGAGCGUAUUAACUGGGGUCGUGUUGUUGCCAUGUUCGCCUUUGUGAGGGCAUUGUGUGAGCAUGUGGAGACUGAGGCGGAGGUACGCUCCCACACUGUUGUCUGCUCUGGGGCGGAAGACGACGAACGUGACCGAGUAACGCGACCCUUCACCACUGCUGAAUGCGCUGACGUUGAUGCUGUCACUGAAGUGACAUCUUCAAGUAGCCAAACGACAGCAACCAUAACCCCUGUUAUGGACAACUCAGACGGUAGGCCAGUUUCAACGGAUCAAACUCACAAAUCAACAGCCAACGGUAGUGAACUCAGUCCAAAAUUUACCGGACUGCGUGCAGCACACUAUGUUGCUUGGACAGCCGAGUUCAUUCACGGCUCCCAUGGCAUAUGGGACUGGAUUACUGCCAACGGCGGAUGGGAUGGUCUGAUAAAGUUUGAAUCAGAGCGGGGAAUAUACGAUUCUACAGCAGGAGGUGACCGAAUUCUUGUUGGCUUCACCGAGGACGACGCGAUGCGAUUGCUACGUCGAGCAGUGACCGGAGUGGCAACGUUGGCCGUGGGUGCUGUCGGUCUGGUGGCUGCUCUACGUUACUUCUCGAAACGCAUGUAGUAUCUAGACGCCCUGCAGUUGUCUUCCUUAUCCUUGCGUCGACACCGCGACGCACUGAACUCCGCACUGUACCGCUUGCUCAUGGCAGCUUUGAGGCCUACUUGCGAAUCUAGCACGCAACUGAAUAUCGUCUUUCUGUCUGUGUCCGGCAUGAUCCCAGGAAUCCCACUCCUUUGCUCCACCGGACAUCUGCUGUCAAGUGUCACGAUGGCUACGCUUUUAUGCAUCUCCCGUCUAUCACCCUCCAACCCCCAUCCCACACACAUUUGAUUACCUCUUCCUGUUGAGUCAUCCUUUACUCUACAAUUUGAAGCAAAUCAUGUUUUGGACACAACUGUUUGUGAACACGUUUUAUCAUGUCCUGACUUUCUUCUGUUCCCCUCUGCUGCCUUUGCGAUGUGUUGUUGUGUUCACCUAUACGCGUGCGUCAAUUUUUACUGCCCCUAUUCCCUCCUUACCCAUGUUACCUCUUCCUUCCAUUUUGGUGCGGCUCUGCGACAAUCAUGUUUUUUUUUAAUUCUCCAUUUCUCCGUUUUUGUGCUAAGCGUGGUUACCUCGUAGCUUUAUCACAUGCUAAUCCUAAGGUGACAACAGCUCUGCG